AUGCGAGACCAGUGGAGAUGCAAAGGCCAAGGCAGCCUGGAGGGUGGACGUGGCAAGGAAAAGGUCAUGGUGGUGGUGCCAGAAGCCCCCUGGCUGAAGUGCUGCGGUGGUGGUGCCACAGCCACCACAAGCCGCCCCCUGUCCUUGGCUGCCCCAUUUCAGCAGGCAGGCAGCCAACUCUAUUCAGACCGGGCAAGUUUCGAGGCGCCGCUGACGGUGAGUCUCGUUGACGGAUAUGACAAUGCCGCGUACUUCGUGGGUGACAACUUCAAUGGCGCCAACUUCGAUUCCUUCACGGACGCAGCAGUGUCAGCGAUCGUCGGCGAAACCCAGUAUGAGACCACCGGCUUCAACAACAACAAUCUUAUUCCCGGGCAGUCCAGUGGAGACCCCCUGUAUUGUGCCGGCUGUAACGGCUCAUAUCGUUUGAGCUUCCGGACGACCUCCGUUGGGACAGCCGAGGGGGUUUGGGCGGUGGGCUUCGACAUCGUAGGGACGGCUGAGGGAGUUCGCGGAACUGUGGCCUUUGUCACCUACGGCGACGGCUCCACUGGCGAGUUCGUGCUGCCUGAGCAUCAGGACGUCUUUUGGGGCAUCAUCGACUGCCGACGUAUUGCCAGCAUUCAUCUCGGCCUGUCAGGCGAGCUCUAA